AAUUCACAUGUGCAGGUAACAUGAAAUUUCCCCAUCCUUCGCCAUUAAGUUAACCUCUUGUUUGGCUUCCGCGAAAACCCAAUCUUGUUCUUCCUUUCUAUACGCUCUCUCAGCUCAGAAUUUAGAUAUCUCAGUCAUUCUCUACCUCAUACACGACUUCGACAUCACUCGGGUGAGUCUCUGAAUUCUCCCAACUCUUCCAAGUUAGGGCUUGUGGAAGGUGAAUUAUCGAACCUUUUUUCGUGUAAAUUGGGAUUCUUUAGAGGGAUUUGUCUCAUGAUAAUUGUUAGGGGAAUGCAGAGAUCGAUUCGCGAGGAUCAGACGGCACUGUGCUGUAUCAAAUCAUUCAACCGAGGGAUUGCCGUGAAUCUACCCAAGGCAAGAACACGAGACAAAUUGAAAAUUAGGGUUUUAUACCUUUAAUUUUGGGUUUCUUGAAGUUUCAGGUUGACAAAGAAACAAAAUGACUCGGAUUUUGGUUCAGCGAGGUUCAGCUGGCCCAUCAUCGUCGAACCCUAGCAGGUCAUCUUCAUUACCCAGCUCUUCUACUUCAACUUCCGCUCCACCCCAGCCUCAGGUUGAAAUUGGAGAGGAAGUGCAAGAACAGGUUGUUGUGGAAAAUUUUGUAGAGUGUUUUGGUAAUGAUGAUCAUAAGUCAGCAAAAACCAAUGAUCUUUUGCCCGAGGAUGACCAAGAUAAUGAUCAAACUGUUGAUAGUGAGAUAGUUGGGAAUGAUGAUGUUGGUGCAGGGGAUUUGACGAGGGCAUUGGGUGCGCUGCGAAUUAUGGAAAAUGAAACUGAGGGUUCCGGCUGUGAUUCUUUGCAGACGGUUACUGGCAGCUCGUAUCCACCUCCACCUCCAGUCCCACCGCCAAAACCUUCUUCAGGAAACUCGAAUUCUAGGAGAUUUUUGUCUGGUAGUUCAAAUUCUCCACGGAUUGGACCGUCUAGAAGAACAGCUGCGUGGCCGAUUGUUUCGACUAGGACUUCACCAACUGGGUCUAGACCUUCUUCGCCGAGGUCUCAUUGUGAAAGUGAAGGUUAUAAUAGUGCUGAUGAGCAGGGUCCUUGCUUUGGCCCCUGCUACGAUGAUGCAGAGAGAGAACGCCAGUUUGAGAUCGAUGUAAGACGGGCAAAAGGUUUAGAAGUCAAACGAAUGCUGGAGGAUGGAAACUGCCUCUUUCGUGCUGUUGCAGAUCAAGUAUAUGGGGAUUGUGAAGCUUAUAAUUUGGUUAGACAAAUGUGUAUUGAUUACAUGGAGCAGGAGAGAGAUCACUUCUCUCAGUUUAUAACAGAAGGUUUCAUGUCUUAUUGCAAAAGGAAGAGAAGAGAUAAGGUUUAUGGAAACAAUGUGGAGAUCCAAGCAUUGGCUGAAAUGUAUAAUCGGCCUAUACAUAUUUAUUCCUAUAGCACAGAACCUAUCAACACAUUUCACGGAAGCUAUAAUACUGACACGCCUCCUAUACGACUAAGUCGUCAUUACGGGAAUCACUACAACUCACUUUUUGAUCCACGGCGGUUGACGAUUGGUGCAGGGCUCGGAUUUAGCUGUCUGAGGGAGAGAAAUGUUGAUAGGGAUCAAGUCAAGGCUGCUAUGAAAGCUCAACAAGACCAACAGAUUGAUAAUGUACUCAUUGCGGAAGGGAAAUUUUAUUCUGAUCUUGAGCUCACGGAAAAAGAAAUUGAACGUAUGGUGAUGGAAGCUUCUCGUUUUGAGUAUCUUGCUGAUGACAAGUUCAAGCAGCAACUUGGUUGGCGAGAAUCUUCUACUUCUGGUGCUGAACCAUCAUCAUCUGGAGCUACAGGGCCGUCAGGGAGUGAAACAAACGUCGAUGGUGGGAGAGCCCAACCUUCGGGUGAUACUGUCCUCAGCAGCAGCAUGCAGAUGGUGCUGUCAAUGGGGUUCAGCUAUCUGCAGGUGAUCGAGGCUUACAGCAUAUUUGGAGAUGAUGUUGAUUCCAUGCUGUGUUAUUUGUUGGAGACGGGCAAUAGCAGCAGAAGCAAAGGCAAGGCAACUGAAUGAGUAAUAGCUUAGUUGCGCAUUGAAGUUGAUUGAUCACAUUGGCUUUGAUUUGACGAGGAUUUAUCACCGUGGGACAGGCUGCUUUUGGAACUCCAAAUAUGCUAAAUUAAUUUGAACUUAAUUAGAUGAAUAUAUUAGUUAAUGUUUUGAUACUGAAAUAUUAUCGGGUUAUAUGGAACAACUAAAAUCCCCAGAAACAUUUAGUCAUUGGAUCAUUUGAAUGCAGUAAUUUAUUUUCUUAUGUGCAAA